AUGACGGAAGCAGAUAAGGAGUACGAGAAAGGGUAUGGAUCUGGCCCGCAAGGCACGCGAGAGGUGAAUCUUUGCUCGAUCCGCUUCAAUCCCAUCGUGUCGAUCCUUGCAGCGCUUGCGCUGUGGGCCUUUGUGUUGUAUGCCGUGCUUGAUGAUCAGUCCACGACCGUUUUCGGGGAGUGGAAGAGUUACGUGACGCAGAAGUUCACCUGGCUCUACAUCUUAUCCCAGGACUAUUGGAUCGUCUUCCUGGUCCCUCUGGUUUACUACUACGGGGAGAUGAAGCUGGGCAAGGACGACGAGGAGCCGGAGUACGGCGAUCUGACUUACCUCGCCAUGGUGUGGUGUGCUGGGGUUGCCAUCGGCCUCAUCUUCUACGGAGCUUCCGAGCCCCUGUUCCAUCUUAAAGAUGGAACCAACCGCUACAACAACGAUGGCUACUCCAACGAUAACCAGAUGGCAAUGAACGCAAUGCACAUCACCAUAUUCCACUGGGGCUUCCUGGCAUGGAUUGUGUACUGCAUCACGGCCCUGACUAUGGGCUUCCUUUCAUACCGCCACGACUUGCCUCUCUGCUUCCGCACCACCCUUGCCCCGGUGAUGGGAAAGGCUACCUGGGGUUGGCUUGGUGACAUGCUGGACGUGUUGACCAUCGUCACGAUCGUGGCAGGGCUCUGUACUUCGUUGGGUUUGGGAGCUCGACAGAUUGUGGGCGGCUGCCAACGUUUGGGCUGGAUUAGUGGCUCGUUGACGGACGACGAGUUGACCAAUACGGCUGCCUGGAUCAUUGGAAUCAUCACGCUUUGCGCAACAGCUUCUGUGGUCGCAGGUCUGGAUAUCGGGAUCAAGUUUGUGUCCUACCUUGCCUUCAUGCUUGGCAACUUCUUGAUGGUCGCCGUGUUUUGCAUGGAUGAGUCCUGGUACAUCCUGAACGUCAUGACGAGCACCCUUGGAUAUCACCUGCAGUACUUCAUCGAGAUUGCCUUCGACACAGAUGCCUUUGCCCAACUAGCCCUGGGCAACGGGCGGCCCAACGAUGGAAAGGGAGCGAAUCCUUCCUGGAUGGACUGGUGGACCAUCUUCUACUGGGGCUGGUGGAUCGCCUGGGCGCCGUUUGUGGGCACCUUCAUGGCUCGCAUCUCUCGCGGUCGCACCAUCAAGCAGGUCAUCCUGUACACCCUCACCAUCCCCUUUGCCUAUGCCUUGAUGUGGUUCUGCACCUUCGGGCCAGCAGCCAUCCGCAUGGACCGGCGUGCCACCUGGCUGGCGCAGGUGGGCCUGGAGUCUUACGGCAAUGCGGACUACUUCUUGCACGAAUCUGCGGGAUUCCGCCCUGCUAACGCGGGCAAGUGCUACAACGUGCCUGCAAGCCUGAACGCGACGGUAUACCCCGGCUACGCGCCCACCCCAGGUCUGAGCCCAGUGUGCGUUUUCGCUUCGGCUGAUUCUUCGGGCUACUGGUUUGACCUGAUGAACCAGUACUACGGCAUGGGCGAUUUCUUGACCUUUGUGUCCAUCGUCACGACUGUGCUGUACUUUGUGACCUCCUCCGACAGUGGAUCGCUGGUGGUGGAUCUCAUCGCAGCCAACGGCAGGGAGGCUCAUGUCGUUCAGCGCGUCUUCUGGGCCCUCACGGAGGGUGCUGUGGCUAUCGCUUGCCUGGCGUCGGGCGGCUUCGGCUCGUUGACCGGCUUGCAGGCGGUGUCCAUCGUCAUGGGCCUGCCCUUCACCUUCAUCCUGAUGAUCAUGUGCACCUCCCUGUGGCGGGCCCUGAAGAUUGAAGCUGGGGACAUGCUGCCAGCAGGCCAGCGCAACGACUGGAACUUGCCGCUCUACGGUGGCAUUUUGGACAUUCCGGAAGUUGCAUUCAGCUUGGGCAAGGCUCCGAUGCCCAAGAUGGAACACGUGAAGGCCUUCUUCGUGGCCCUUCUCUUGCCCGGGUGGAGUCUUAUGAAGGCGAUGAACGGCCUGGCCAGCAAGAUGCAGUUCAUUCCGUUCGCUGCUCGGGUGAUCAUUGCUAAGACGACGCAGCUGGCCUUCCUUGGCUUCGUGAUCUGCCACAUCCUCACUCCUAUCUACAAGGACAACAACCUAGGCAUCACAGGCGAGGGCCUGUGGAUGUUCGCCUGGGCCCUCUACAUUGGCCAAGUCAUGCUGAUCUGCAUGGUGCGCCACCAGAUUCGGCGGACCUACUCCAUCGAAGGCUCCGGAAUGGAAGACUUCUGGGCCUCCCUGCUGUUCUACCCGCAGGUGCUCGCGCAGAUGGUGGCCCAGAUCAGCACGGAUCCCAGCCCCAAGCAGAAGAAGGUGCCAGCUGAGGUGGUCGGCAAGGAGGACACCAUCAUCUAG